AUGGAGGUCGCUGGUCUCAAGAACAUGAAUAGUAGCCCGGAUGUGGAAAAUUGGGACGACGACGACUUUGACACCUCUGACAAUAUCCACCUCAGAACAGCUUCUGCUGCAACCUCUGUUCUUUCACAUCCACAACUCAACCACAGAGACUCAACCUCGUCUCGGCUAUCCAUUAGGUCCGACUCGAACCAAGGCGACGAGCAUUGGGAUGUGUUAGUUGACGAGCAAUCGUCUGUAAAAGAUGCUUUAACCAUAGCUAAGAGCAAAGGUAUUCCUCUGCCCUCGAACCUUCCUCGUUCGGCCCUGGAAGGUGGCACUAUCAGACGCCUAGGUGGGAAAGUCGUCAAAAAAGCUAUAGCCGAUGACUGGUCCGAGGAUCUCGACUUCGCAAGUGCUCCUACACAACUACGUCUUACAAAGCCAGAAGAGCGUGAUCUGUCAGAAAGUUUGCGGCAAAUAAGCGCGGCUUUCCAUGCAAGCCCCAAGAGUCCCGAGGAAAAGAAUAUUCUUGACACGAUCAAAUCGCCCAAGUCACGCCUUGCUGCCACUCCUCUUAGCCUAGAGAAUUUUCGCGACGUCGAUGAGGACGCGGAUUUUAGAGAUGUGCCUACUAUAAGAGUUGCAAAGCAUAGGUCCCCACAAAAGUUACAAUCCGUACAAACAGCUUCAGUACAGCCAAGUCCAGAGGAGCUUGAAGAUGGCUUGGAAAUACCUUCAGAUGGCAAACUCCGCCUCUCCACUAAGAAGUUGAGCCCCAGAACACCUUUGACCGUCGAUGAUUUUGACGCCGAAUGGGCUGAAGGCAGCCUCGGCACCAGACAUGCUGGCACACGAAGAGCGGGCAUGUCUAACCGGAGUUCUUCGAUAUCAGCGAUGAGCCCUAGUGUUUCCAGUGCCUUUACCGCAGAGAGUGAAGAAGACGGUCUAGACGGUCUGGUACUACCUCAAGGUCCUGUAAACUUCAAUGAUAUCUUGAAAAGGAGACAGGACUCCGAAAAAGAGAAUCUCGCUCCACAGCAAUUUUCUUCGCCACAACAAACCAAACCUACACAAACACUACUGAAAGAGGAAGACUGGGCUGAAGACCUUGUGAUACCGAACGGAAAAGCUUUUGACAAUGCUCGCCUCACCCUCCACCGUAACGUCAAGGUCAAGAACCAAAGGUCCACCAGUCCAAGCAAAAUCAAGACUACAACUCUGAAUUUCACCUCCAGCAAAACACCUGGCUCAAUGCCUAGACCUCGUUUCGGCUUUGGUAAUGAGAGACAGGAGCGUCCACGAUCACAUCUGGAGCCUGUAUCCGAGACUGGUGCUCCUAUACAACGAUACCAGCGACCCACGUCGAGGCUCGGUCACAACACCAAUUCAUCGAUUUCGAGCAUUCCUGCUCCCGCCACUCCCACUCCAUCAACACCUAGCCGGCGUGACCUUAGGAACGCUACUUCGCGGAUUGAUAUGCGCCAUCAACCUCCAACCACAACGAAUGCACAAUUGCUACGUGCCAAGAGAUCAAUCCCUACCAUAGACAGCAUCAGCUCUCCUACUCGCAGCACUUUCAACCGUCCUCCCUCCCGCCAGGAUGGCUCGAGUAGUAGGCUCCGACCACGAUCACCUGAGCGACCUGAGUCAAGACUCGGCAUCGACAGAAGGAAUGCUCCUUUUCUGCCCGCUGGGGCAUCUAUCUCUCAGUCUCAACACGUCAGUAUCAAGACUUCUGCGCCUCGCAGCAUACGGAGGAACGAUUCAGAUGGAUCUGGCGAGCACAUGACUGCUGCUCAAAAGUCUCUGUCACGACUUGCAGGAGUCCGUCCACAAACUCCGGGUAAGGGAAGGUCGGAUUACAGUAUUGCCGAGCUUGCUGCACAAGCAAAGAAGACGAUGAACAAACCUCUUCGUCGACGCAACUGGGGAGAUGGUUCAGAGCUUGAAUCCUUUGACGAUCUGCCGACUUCUGUUACUGCUGAAGCUAAAUAUACAAAGUUGCCAAUCGCUCGUGGUCCUCCCAGGAGCCUGCGUAGCAAGAUCGGUCAGCAAAGUCAAGCCGCCAUGUCGAGCACCAGCCUUGUCUCAGUCAGAAGUGGCACUGAGACACCUGUCCCGACCACACCGCUUUCGCCACCACGACUUCAUGAUGCACCUGCGCACCAUCCUUUCAGCAACAUGCCUAGAUUUGCACGCGAUACUGCUGCCUCACGUAUAGCUCGUGAACAGACUCGUUCAUUCAGCACGACUUUCCACAACAUGCGAGGUGAGCCAUUACAACCAGUGUCCACUAACGCCAAGGCGACAAUAAUAUCGAAGCCGACUUAUGGUAGUUCUCUGCGACGGAAGAAGCCCGUACAACAGAAGCCGCAUCUGAUCAAACCACUUGGCGGCGAAUACAAUCGACCAAAGGAAGAGAAGGGAAUGUACUACAACCCAGUCCUUUGCCGAUGGGAAGGUAAUGACACAGCUCUUGCGCCCUUCGACGUUCCCGACUUUCUACCGCAACAGCCCAGCCCAGGUGACGGACGUAAUUCGAACAUCAAGGUUGGUAGCACUAUCGGUGUCAGUAGUCCAGCUCAGCCGACAGGUAAACCAAACCUGGCUCUUAUUAUGAACGUGGGUAGUACAACUGGUGUCCAGCUCGUCAAUGGUAUGGUCUUCGAUCCUCGCCAAAUGAAAUGGUUGAAGGUUGCACAUGGAGAAAGAGGCGACAGUAUCCGCAGUGGCACGGGAUCUGUCCAGCUCGAAGAGGAGGAAGACGUGUUCGCUGGUCUCGAGGACUUGAAAGAAGAAUCAGAGAACAUGUCAAGCAUGCACGGUGACACGCGGGACAGGUCUGUUAGUGCUAUUGACCCCUUUGCCGCUUCAGACGACAAGUUAGUGAUUGGGGACGAAGAGGACGCCGCGCAUGUCUCAGGCCACAGUGGUGAUGAGUUUGCUGUCUCUGAAGAAUUCGAUGUAGGUCCCGAGUUCGUCAGACGCCAACGUAGCGAGGAAGAACGCUGGAGACGCAAAGUUGAGAAGUGGUUGAGAAGUGAAGCGGAGGUAGCCGAAGACGAUGUCGAAGGUCCAACUGGCUGGAGGUGGGCUGUUCGCGACUUUUUCAAUGUCGGUGAAGGAGCCAGCAAUGCACAGGGACUUAUGAUCACGAUAUAG